GCACCAUGGAGAUCGUCUACGUUUACGUGAAGAAGCGCAGCGAGUUUGGUCGACAAUGCAGCUUUUCCGACCGGAUGGCAGAGAUCAAUGUGGAUAUUCAACCCAAUCCAAUGCUUGCUAUGAAUUUUAUUGAAAAAGACCCCAUUGAUAAGGGAGUGCAGUGUGCCAGUGACAUGUCAGAACAUGAGGUUAACACAGAAAGGUAUGAAAUGGAAACUUGGGGCAUUAAUCAUGUGGAAGGUGGCUGGCCUAAAGAUGUCAACCCACUUGAAAUGGAGCAGACCAUUCGCUUCCGGAAGAAAGUUGAAAAAGAUGAGAACUAUAUCAAUGUUAUUACACAACUUGGCAGUCUGAUGGAUCACUGCAUCAAACAGAACAAUGCUAUCAAUAUCUAUGAAGAAUACUUUGAGGAAGAAGAGACAGCAGUUGUUACAGAUGAACCUCCAUCUGCAAAAACGAUCAAUGUCUUCAGGGACCCAAACUCAAUCAAAAGAACAGCCACCCAUCUCUCCUGGCACCCUGACAGAAGCCGGAAACUGGCAGUAUCUUAUGCUAGCCUUGAAUUCCAGCGGAGUUCCAAAAACAUGAGCUAUGACUCAUACAUAUGGGAUCUUGAAAUCCCCAACAAACCAGAACUGGUUAUCCGGCCCUCCUCACCUCUCGUCUGCUUAGAGUACAACCCCAAGGACUCACAUAUCCUGAUUGGAGGAUGCUACAAUGGACAAGUUGCUUACUGGGACACCCGGAAAGGAGGACUUCCGGUGGAACUGACCACAGUUGAGCUUAGUCACCGGGAUCCUGCCUACAAUGUCAUCUGGCUGCAGUCCAAAACAGGGACCGAUUGCUUCUCUGGCUCCACUGAUGGGCAGGUCUUGUGGUGGGACAUUCGUAAACUAUCUGAGCCCACCGAGACACUGGUGAUGGACAUCAGCAGGAAAGGGAUCCUGGAAAAUGCUUUAGGAGCCAUUUCACUGGAGUUUGAGCCAACCAUGCCAACCAAGUUCAUGGUGGGCACAGAGCAAGGGAUGGUGAUCUCUUGCAAUCGCAAAGCCAAGACUGCUGCUGAAAAAAUUGUCUGCACCUUCAGUGGGCACCAUGGCCCCAUUUACUCCCUGUCCAGGAAUCCUUUCUACCCCAAGAACUUUUUGACAGUUGGGGACUGGACUGCACGCAUCUGGUCAGAAGAGAGCAAGGAAUCAUCAAUCAUGUGGACUAGAUACCAUAUGGCUUACCUCACAGAUGGGUGCUGGAGCACUACUCGGCCAGCUGUCUUCUUCACCACCAAGAUGGAUGGGACCCUUGAUGUCUGGGACUUCCUCUUCAAACAGAAUGAUCCUACACUCAGUCUGAAGAGGGAAUGCAACCCUGCCCAGGACAGGAUGGAUAUUGUCCCUCUGGACUAA